UGGAAGAAAGUACUAAAAACAUCGUCAAAACCGCCUCUGUAGCUGUGGGAUCGUUAAAAGACACCGAAUUUGACAUUCGAUUCAAUCCUGACGUGUAUUCUCCUGGUAUCAGGCAUUCUGACAGCUUAGAUCCUCCAUUGUCUAAACAAAAACAGCUGGUCAAAGAUGCCGCCGAAUUCUUGCUGACAGUACAGAUACCUACUUUCAUUAAGGGAUUGCUGGACCAUUCCUCGGCACCAAUGGACGGUGUAACGUUAUCCGAAGCUAUGCACAACCGCGGUAUAAACAUCCGUUAUUUGGGCAAAGUAACCAACCUUUUGGCCAAAGUCAAGCAGCUGGAAUACCUCCACAGUAUAGCCGUAGCCGAGCUGAUUCUGAGAUCGGCUAAACACAUUUUCACUGUAUAUCUCCAAGGGUGCGAAAUGAUGAAUUUAUCAGUGGCUAUAGCGCAUUUCUUGAACUGCUUCUUCUAUUCUGGAGUCGUGGCGAAUCCUCUACAAAAUGUCGAUGAGUUCCAGAGCAAGACCAACAAAAAACGUAACAAACGCCGCGGCAGAGCCAACCCUCUCUCCUGCAACGACAACAACGAAUGGGCUACCCUGACGCCGAAAUCCUUAUGGACGCAAAUCAGACAAGAGCUCAAAGCUUACUUCGACUACGAUUUGGGCGCGGGAGACGUGGAAGGCAUCGUGGAAACGUUCGGUUUGCAGAAAAUUUCGUUGCUCAGAGGGUUCUGCUUGAAGACCGGUAUCCAGAUUUUGCUUAGAGAUUAUAAUUUGGACUCGAAAAAUAAGUUGAUCUUCUUUGAGGAGGACAUCUUGAACGUAUUUCCUAUCGUGAAGCAUAUCAAUCCUAGGGCGACUGAUGCGUACAAUUUUUAUACUACAGGUCAAAGCAAGAUUCAACAAGGCUACCUCAAGGACGGCUACGAGUUGAUCAACGAAGCGUUGAAUCUACUCAACAACGUCUAUGGCGCCAUGCAUCCGGAAAUUGCUCAAUGCUUAAGAAUGAUAGCUAGACUAAACUACAUCAUGGGAGAGCACGGUGAAGCCAUGGCAUAUCAACAAAAAGCUGUCUUAAUGUCUGAAAGAGUCAACGGAAUUGAUCAUCCAUACACCAUCACUGAAUAUGCUCAUUUAGCUCUGUAUUGUUUCGCGAAUAGUCAGAUUAGUACUGCAUUGAAGUUGUUGUACCGUGCCAGGUACUUGGCUGUGAUUGUUUGUGGAGAGAAUCAUCCAGAGGUGGCUCUAUUAGAU